GGGUUAUCCCCAGUGUAAUGAUUGUUUAGUAUUUCUCGUCUAAUAAACAAAUUAAGUGCGGGAGGAAGGGAGAAAUUGUAUAUAAUAUUAAUACCGAUUCUUGGGAAAUUUAUAGAAGUGGUAGUUUUAAUUCUCUAGACGUUUUGUACAAAAGUAUGAUUUUAAAAAUAUUUAUAUGCACAUUACUGUGCAUAAUACUGCUAAAGGAUGCCCGGUGUGGAACUGAGGAAUUAAUAGUAACUACUGAAGCAACAAAUAAAGUUGCGGACACAAAUAGGUCUAUAACUCCAAAAAUAUACGAAAUGAACAUAGAAACUAACGUCACCAACAGAUUUGCCACCACUUUAAUAACCAGUAAAGUUAAAAAUUUUGAUCAAUCACCCCAAGAAACAACAUUUUCUGUGGUACUGCCGGAAAGUGCGUUCAUAUCUGAGUUUAUUAUGGAAAUGGGUGGGAAAAAGUACAAGGCGUACGUCAAAGAGAAGGAGGAAGCUAAAAGAAUCUACGAUAAGGCAGUGAGUCGAGGACAAGGGGCCGCCCAUGUGAGGGUCAGAGCGAGAGAUUCGAACAGAUUCACAGUUAAUGUAAACGUAGAGCCCGAAAGUAAAGCCAUUUUUUACUUGACAUACGAAGAACUACUUCAGAGACAACUCGAACAGUAUGAAGUAGUCUUAAACAUUCAGCCUGGACAGCCUGUUAAAGACCUGGAUGUGAAAGUGUACAUCGACGAGACUCGUCCCUUAAAAUUCGUCAGAACUCCGGCAUUGAGAACCGGCAAUGAGAUUGACAAAAACAAAAAGGACAGUUUAGAAACGAAUGCUGACAUUAAAUUAAUUGGGAACAACUCCGCUUUGGUGCAUUUUAGUCCUGACAUUGUCAGGCAAAAGGAAUAUGCGAAGGAAUUGGGGACUAAUGAGAAUAACGGUUUGGCUGGACAAUUUGUUGUUCAAUAUGAUGUUGAGAGAGAUCCUCAAGGCGGUGAAAUUUUGGUCAACGAAGGAUAUUUUGUUCAUUUUUUCGCACCAAGCGAUUUGCCUCCACUACCAAAAUAUGUCUUGUUUGUCUUGGAUACAAGUGGAAGUAUGUUUGGGACCAGAAUACGCCAGUUGAAGGAUGCAAUGAAUAGUAUUCUGUCCGAUCUUAAACCUGAAGACAAAUUUAAUAUUAUUGAAUUUGCAACUGAUGUCCAAGCAUGGGACGUGAAAAAUAUUUCUGUGUCUUACAGAGAAUCACGCACAUGGAGCUAUUCUAAAAUGCAAAACCUACCUGAGAAAAAGGAUUUGCCUGAUGCGUAUCAGGCUGAGGAAGGGAAUAUACAGAAUGCCAUGAAAGUGGUUAAUCAGUUCCAAGCAAUGGGAGCAACUAAUAUCAAUAACGCCUUAAAAGUAUCACUACAACUGAUUGAUAAAAAUUUUAAUGAGAAAAAUCAACCAAUGAUUAUAUUUUUGACUGAUGGCGAGGCAACAAUUGGUGAGACUAGCAAUAAGAAAAUAAUUUCCACAAUUACCGAAUUGAACACGAGGAAAGUUCCAAUAUUUACACUGUCUUUUGGAGAUGAAUCCGACAGAAAAUUCUUGGAGAAAAUCUCCUUGAAAAAUAAAGGCUUUGCUAGACAUAUAUACGAAGAUGCUGAUGCCUCUUUGCAAUUGGAAAAUUUCUAUAAAUCAAUCUCUUCACCCUUACUCACCAACAUCAAAUUCACUUACGUAUCCAACACCACCGAUCUCACCGAAACUCAGUUCCCCAUAUUGUUUGGCGGAUCGGAAAUCGUAGUGACGGGAAGAAUAAUCGACCCCAGCUUCGUUCAUGUGGAUCACCAAGUUGUAGGUUUCAGAGCAGGCCAGCAAAUAAUCAUGAAACCUCUAAUAGAAAGACCGGUAUCCCAAUUGGAACGACUUUGGGCUUAUUUAACGUUGAAGCAACUAUUGAAGCAUCGCAAAGCAGCUAAAAACAAAAAGGGACCUACACAAGAAGCUUUGCGCAUUGCCUUGAAGUAUUCGUUUGUCAGCGACGUCACUUCUUUGGUUGUCGUAAAGCCUAAUGACACCAGCGCCGUUGAUACCGAAGAUGCGUCCAGAAAGUUGCCAAGACAUUUUCCAGUUCAGACAGGUAUACAACAUCGGCCUACCAAUCCGCCUUCCGGUCCAUCUUUUGGCGGACGUAAUUAUAUUUCAAGGUCACCCAUAACCUAUCCACCUUUAUACUUCAUUAGAAGCUAUGAUGAUAUAGUUUCUCCUGAGCAUCUUGUGACACCCAUUUAUCUAAUAAAAAGCCAACUUCCAUGGUUAAAUUCGAUCCUGUUUCCAAAUGGAACACUUACAACGCCAACUGGUUUAUUGAAUCUGGGAAAGAAUGGUAAUCCAGCGAUUACUUCAUUUCCAUGUCCUUUAACGCCCAAAAACUCUAACGGAAUGUGUAAAUCUUUAUUUAAUUGUCCCGAAGUUUAUAGUCAGUUAGUUGAUCUUCAAACUUUCUUGAAGUUUACUUGUUCUUUUCGAGAGUAUACUGGGAUCUGCUGCCCAUCCUAAUUAGUUUUAAUUAAUUUUAUUGGAGUUAAUGUAUAAAUUAUAAAAUUGUUUUAAUUUUGUCCGAAGAUUAUAUACACACCGUCAAAAUUAUUGGACACUCUAGUAUUUUUGAGACUAAAAUAGAAUAUCAUGUUAUAAAUAAUUGUACAUUACUUAUUACAAAUUAUUAUUACAAAUUUUCUUGAAGUUUACUUGUUCUCUUGGAAAGUAUACUGGGAUCUGCUGCCCAUCCUAAUUAGUUUUAAUUAAUUUUAUUGGAGUUAAUGUAUAAAUUAUAAAAUUGUUUUAAUUUUGUCCGAAGAUUAUAUACACACCGUCAAAAUUAUUGGACACUCUAGUAUUUUUGAGACUAAAAUAGAAUAUCAUGUUAUAAAUAAUUGUACAUUACUUAUUACAAAUUAUUAUUACAAAUUUUCUUGAAGUUUACUUGUUCUCUUGGAAAGUAUACUGGGAUCUGCUGCCCAUCCUAAUUAGUUUUAAUUAAUUUUAUUGGAGUUAAUGUAUAAAUUAUAAAAUUGUUUUAAUUUUGUCCGAAGAUUAUAUACACACCGUCAAAACUAUUGGACAGUCUAGUAUUUUUGAGACUAAAAUAGAAUAACAUGUUAUAAAUAAUUGUACAUUACUUAUUACAAAUUAUUAUUACAAAUUUUCUUGAAGUUUACUUGUUCUCUUGGAAAGUAUACUGGGAUCUGCUGCCCAUCCUAAUUAGUUUUAAUUAAUUUUAUUGGAGUUAAUGUAUAAAUUAUAAAAUUGUUUUAAUUUUGUCCGAAGAUUAUAUACACACCGUCAAAACUAUUGGACACUCUAGUAUUUUUGAGACUAAAAUAGAAUAACAUGUUAUAAAUAAUUGUACAUUACUUGUCACUUUGUUACAAAGAUUUAUAAUAGAAUAAUGUACUUUAAAGAAACACAUAGAUACUCUAAUUCUCU